AUGACCUGCAAUGAGGAUGCCUAUUAUAAUUUCGUGUCGAGUGUCCCGGAUGCUCAAGGGUUCUGCGAGACAUAUGUCAACUACCCUAAUACUACACUGGUAGUAGAGUACACGCCGACAAGCACAUACACCAACCUAUACACCACCGCCGUUGUCACUUCCACUGAGAUUGUGCGCACCACGCCAGGUUCGACUGUGACAGUAACGCAGACAGUGGGUGUGGUAAAGAGAGACGCUCAAGUCACGCAGCACGCACGAUGGAAUCAAGCACAGAUGGCAUCGGCUCUUUCGUUAUUUCAGAGACAGUACGCCGCUGGUAGCCCUAGUAGCACAUCGAUGAACGCCAGCGCAGCGGCUGCCUCUACGGCUUCGGCAUUCAGCAGUGCUUGCGUUUGCCAUACGGCGAUUGGGGGGCCUGUUAUCACCUCAACGUACACUAACGAAGCUAUUACAACGACGUUGGCAGCAUUCGGUCUAACUACUACCACGACAACGUCCACUCAUACCGAUGCCACCAGUCUCACUACCACAACCAUCGUCAUUUCGGCGCCCCCAAGCAGUACAAGCAAUGCCGCCACGACGGCUACUGCCGCUACUACAAGCAGUCCAGUCGGUGCCACUCCUACUGCCCAGGCGAUUGUCUGCCCCGACGAUGACGGUCAAACGGUUUCACAGAUGGUCGGCCUGGAGCGCUUCGAAUACAUGGUCAACUGCAGCACCGAGCUUACGUCGACCAACUUCUACGGCGCCCUCAGCUACAGUACAUUUGGCCAGUGCAUCGGCGCUUGUUCUUCAGCGGAUGCGUAUUUCUCGUCACCUGUGUGCCAGGGUGUGUCGUAUGGUCACAGUGCGAACGUCGACGGCUACAACUGCUUCUUGAAGACUUCAUCGAAUGGCAGCGUUCCCGAUCCGGGAUUCGACUCUGCCGAGCUUCUUCGGGUCUGGGUGCCGGAACCGGAUGGCAGUACCAGCACCGAAUCCGCUCCUUUUGCGACCGCAACACCAACACAGAAUGCAAGCCAGCUAAGUGCUAUGAUGUCGAGUAUGAUGGGUGACAGCACGUCUAACAUCCCAAUGAUCACCCCAGGUCCUGCAUACCCCGUAAGCGGGAUGCUUGUGAAUGCAGGGGCUCCAACGAUGUACUCGACAUAUGUUUCAAAUGGCACCACUUUCUCAACUGGCACGGUAUAUUCAACCUCCUACACCAGCGGCAACUCCUGGUUCGUGUCCUACUACACCUCGUCCAGCUUGGCAUGGGCCGCUGCUACCACCGAGUACGCAAUUUCCGCGCAGGAAACACAGGUCAGCAGCUCAAGUAGCAGUUCCUCAUCCAUGUCGAGCGGCGCGAACGGUGAGAGCUAUGAGAUCACGGUCACAAACAGCACAGUAUACUACCCCGAAGGCUACAACGUCACGGAAGUCAUCAGCAACCAGACUUACGCUGCUAAUGGUUCUUUGAUCACGUCCUCGGCCACGACACUGUUCUUCAGCUAUCAAACAGCGUCUGGUGCGAGUGGCGGAGCAUCUUCUGGAGCAAUGGCGAGCGUGAGCGCAACUGUCACGGCAGCAUCCUCCGCAGCUAGUGCCUUUACUUCCACCUCAUACUACAGUACGCAGACCGUCAUUGUCAACAAUGGAAGCGCUGAGGGAGCGUCUGCUUUUGCGGCAAGCGGCGCUGUGGCCAGCAGCGCCUUUGCAAGCACAUCAGCAAAUACCAUUGUGGAAAGUUUUGCCAUUGGAGGCAGCUCUGGCUUCGCGCUAUCAGGAGUAUUCACCCAAACGGCGAACGUGACGAGUAACGCUGUCACUGCUACGGCUGCAAUAGCCAACAGUAACGGUGUCGGCGGCGCAUCUUCUUUCGCGGCGUCUGGCAACAUUGGCAACCUCACCAGCAUGGUCACCACCUCUACCACGGUGAUAGUCGGCUCCGCAGGCAUAGGGGGUGAGUCCAUUUUUGCUGCCUCCGGCCUUAUCACCAGCGCGCCAGCGUCGGCUUCUGUCACCGUUAUAGUAAACAGCGGCAACUCAGCGGGCGUGUCGGAGUUCAUGGCCAAUGGGAGCAUCGGCGGCAUCGCAGGCUCUAGCGGUACAGCCUUGUCUGGUGCCCUCGCGACAUUGAGCAGCCCGCCGUUCAGCGACUCUGGAGCUCCUCGCGCUGGCACGUACAGCACCACGACCAUGCCGAUGUAUACUGGUCCUGCUUACACUCCGUUGUCACCUGAGUCGCUGUCCGAGAACACCAGCACCUUCACCGACAGCGGAUUACCGCGGCAAGGCACCUACUCCCUACCUGCCUCUCCUACCGACACAAAUACGUUCACCGACAGUGGGCUACCACGGCAAGGCACGUACGCUCCGCCACUGGCUACUGGGCCAGCACCCUACCCAUCUUUUGGAAACGCUCCUCGGAACGGAUCGUAUUCCGUGGGUACCGCGCCUCUCGGUACGGCACCUAUCGGUCCAGGCACAGGACUGCCAUUGCCUCUCCCGCCGCACGCUGGUGGUCCAUUCAUCCCAGCCUCUUCCCCGUCGGCAUCGGUGGACUUCACAGGAGCGCCACGGAACGGCACCUACUCCACCGGCACGGCGCCGCCAGGUCAUGGGACAGGACUGCCCCUUGGGCCGUUCCAGAACGGACCUCCAUUGUUCCCACCGUUUAUUCCUGCUUCAGCUCCUUCUAGUGGGUACGUAGCGCCUACAACGGCAAACGGCAGUGCGCCGGCACCCACAAGUCCAGCCGAGUCGCCAUUCUCCAACAGCGAGCUGCCGAGAAACGGUUCGUAUUCGACGUCGCCUCCAUCAGGCACUGGUAUUCUACUAUACACCGCACCGCCAAGCCCGACGGCAUGCGCAAACGCGACGAUGGCCACAAUGACGAUCUUCUCGACCACAACCGUCUACGGUUGCGCCGCAACGUGUCCGCCGUCAGGAUAUGGUUACGGUGGCAGCCCGCAAGCAUUCGGUCCUCCAUGGGCUCCUAACCCUUCGCGUUCGGCGUCGACGGGCUGGGGCAGUCACAAUGAGGGUAGACGGCGAGAGGAGGAUUGA